AUGUCCUCUACCGCUACCACCCCCACGGCGGAUCCAUACGACCCUUCGAGCAAACAGUACAAGAAGGCGAGGCGGCAAUAUCACAAGACAACCAGAAACAGAGCGAAGGACGUCGACGCGGACUGGACGCCGUUCAGAGCGAAGGAGAAGAAGUACAAGGCACGCUUCCCCCCACCAGAUCUCUCUGAUGUUCUCGACCUCGCGACCUUGGACCCGACAAGAGUCGAGGAGAUCGCGAAUGGCGGGUGGAAGGGACGGCCAGAUGCCGUCGAAUAUCGAGAGAUACAGCUGAAGGGCCAUGAUAGAGGGAGGCACGCGAGGAAAGCGUAUGCAGUGCCCCGCAUCCCUGGCCUCGUUCUUCUUCCCUCGUUCGUUUCUCCUGAGACGCAACGGGACCUCGUACGCUGGUCCCUCCGUGACCACACCCGACACCCGAACGCGACAAAUCUCGACACGCACUACAUCCUCCCCGAUCGCGGACUAUGGAACUCGCUCAUUCACACCCGCGAAAAUAACCUCGAAGAAGAGAUCAUCUAUCCCCGCGCCUCCGCUCCCUCGCCUCCAUCUCCCUCCUCAGCAUCUUCCUCAGCACCCUCGAUCCCUGAACUCCCCGGCCCUCGUCAAUUGAUCUCCAACACCCCCUCGUCCCCAUCAACAUUUCCCCUCCUCUCGAGCACCCCAAAACUUCCCUCCUCCCCAUCCACUUCCGUCCACCCCCUCCCGACAUCCGCGAUCAUGCCUAAACUGCGCUGGGCGAAUAUCGGCUGGUUCUACCACUGGGGGACGAAACAAUACGACUUCACCAAGGGAAAGCAGCCCGUGAGCGAUGCCUAUCGGAGCGUAUGCAGGGAUGCGGUGGAAAGCGUGCACUGGGAUGAGGUAUUCCGCCGGGAAGACAUCGAAGGAUGGGGCGAGGAGGGUCCGGAUUGGCAUACUUGGAGAGACAGCUACGAACCCGACGCUGGAAUUGUGAACUUCUACCAAACGCGGGACACGCUCAUGGCGCACGUCGACCGCUCGGAAGUAUGUGCGACGUCGCCGCUAGUCUCCAUCUCCCUCGGCAAUGCUGCUGUAUUCCUCAUCGGAGGCCUCACGCGCGAUGUCGAGCCCGUCCCUAUCCUUCUCCGCUCCGGCGAUGUGGUCAUCAUGUCCGGUCCAGCGUGUCGACGCGCAUAUCACGGCGUGCCCAGAAUUCUAGAAAACACGCUUCCCGUGCAUCUUCGAACGCUAUCAGCCGACGAUGAUUCCAAGCGAGAGUGGGCGCCAUAUGCGGAGUACAUGCGGACGGCGAGAAUCAACGUGAAUGUGCGGCAGGUGUUUCCUAAAGGAUUCGACCCCGGCCUCGACGUUCCUGUUCCACAGUGCUAG